CAUUCACUACUAGCUCACCGGCAGAGUUAUUAGCAGCGGAACGACUUUGUAAUUGUUCUGUCGCGCGCGACGAGUGAAACGGGAGCUCCAGUUAUGCGAUUUUUCGCAAGUCUUGGGGAGACCGACGCGUGAAAGCGGUAUACCUGGAGAUCCCGGUUCUCGAAUUCGUAACCGCCGAUCUCGCGGCGAUCAGCGCAGGUUGUCGAUGCGCGGGCAGUAAAUUUCAUUUUGUCACGGCAGUCGUGAGCUCGUGGAAGACCGGCGUAGCGGCCAGAAGCGUCGGGCUCGAUAGAGGCCGAAGGUAUCGAGAGGCGGCGGCGGGGAAGCUGUUCAUCGAACGGAACGGCCGCGCGCGCGGCGAUACGGAGCGCGGCGAGCUGUUGUGCGGUUCGUGAGACAGGCACGGGCAUAUCUCGAGGAGGAGGCGAUUCUUUGGCAGUUGCCAAUACUUGUACUUGAGGCUCGAAAAUGGCAGAUACGAGCCAACAAGCAUUAAGUGAGCCACACACAAAUGGAGUGGUGGAUGGUUUAACGGAAGAUGAAAAAAGUAAAAUGAGGCCCGCUGAUAUUGAUGCGGAUAUGAGAGAAAUGGAGAGGAGGAAGCGAGUUGAAAUGAUGAUGAAUUCCCGAAUCUUUCGAGAAGAAUUGGAACGUAUAAUCGAAACGCAAAUGAAGGAUGGUGCUGGGCCUUCUGGUCUUUUACAACAGAUUUCUGAUAUGAUGGGUGCACAAGGAGCUCGAUUUAACGGCAAUGUGUUCAAAAAUUCAAAUUGCGUCUUACCUAUCAACGACAUUCGUGGCGUGGAAAGCAUGGGAUACGCUAAGGGCGAGAAAAUGUUACGAUGCAAAUUGGCGGCGGUCUUUAGAUUGCUUGAUCUAUAUGGAUGGACCCAAGGUGUCGGCGGACAAAUGACUGCCCGUCUUAAUCAAGAUCAAGAGCACUUCUUGGUGAAUCCUUAUGGGUUACUUUACCAUGAGGUAACCGCCUCAAGCUUGAUAAAGGUGGAUAUGCAAGGUGCGAUUGUUGAGCAGGGUACGACGAACUUCAACGUGCACAUCACGAAUUUUCAAUUGCAUUCGACGAUACACGCCGCGAGACCAGAUAUUAAGUGUAUUAUCCAUAUUACUACUCCGUCCGUUACUGCUGUCUCUUCCUUGAAAUGUGGAUUGUUACCGAUCGGUCAGGAGAGCAUAGUGAUAGGCGAAGUAAGCACCCAUCAAUACAUUGGAGGCUCUGUCGAGCCGGAGGAACGAGAGAAGAUCGCUAGAAAUCUUGGGCCGAUCAAUAAAGUUAUGCUUCUGACAAAUCGCGGUGCCCUUUGCUGCGGAGAGACAGUGGAGGAGGCUUUCUUUAACGUUUAUAAUACCGUGGUCGCAUGUGAGACACAACUGAAAUUAAUGCCUGCGGGCGUAGACAAUCUGAAUCUUAUUAGCGAGGAGUCGAAGAAAGCUAUAUUUGAAGCUUCACGAAAACCACCGAUCCCUCAACAACAAAGUUCAGCGGUGGAGUCGACCGUUCUUGCGGAAAAAUUAGAGAAACGUUGGAGAAUCGGUGGCGCUGAAUUUGAAGCUCUCAUGAGAAUGCUCGAUAAUGCUGGAUUCCGUACAGGUUACAUAUACAGAAAUCCUCUUGUCAAAGGAGAACCUCCGAAACCACGAAACGAUGUUGAAGUUCCACCGGCUGUAUCGUCCUUAGGGUAUCUUCUCGAAGAAGAGGAAUUGUACAAACAAGGGCUAUGGAAGGGUGGACGUAAAGGCACUGACAGAUCCCGUUGGUUAAAUUCACCAAAUGUUUACCAGAAAGUCGAGAUCUUGGAAACUGGAACACCUGAUCCUAAAAAAAUUACCAAGUGGGUGUCUGAUGGAUCCCCUACCCAUAGCAGCACACCAGUGAAGAUAGACAGUGCUCUUCAGUUUGUACCGAAAAAUACCAACCCGAAAGAAUUCAAACAAUUACAACAACAGAUUAAAGAUUACCGGCGAGCAGAAAAGAUAUCGGCCGGUCCGCAGUCUCAUAUAUUGGAAGGUGUUUCAUGGGAAGAAGCUAAGAAAAUGCAGGAUGCGACGAUUAGUGGUACCGGAGAACAAGUAGUCUUAGUAGGAGCCGCUAGCAAGGGUAUUAUACAGCGUGGCUUUCAACACAAUGCGAUGGUAUAUAAGACGCCUUAUGCCAAAAAUCCUUUUGACGCCAUCACGGAUCAAGAAUUGGAUCAGUACAAGAGAGAAAUCGAACGCAAACAAAGAGGAGGAGAUCCUUACGAUGAGUCACAAUCAGAAUCCGAGGCCUUGUCAUCCUUUAACAUCAGUCGUGCGACGCAUGAAUCCAGCACUGCCAAGAGUCCUAUUCAAUCACCAGUAUCUGUUACUUCAGAAACGGAGGAGGAGAGUAGAGACGAACCCCGAGUAUUGCGAAUAGAAACGAAACAAGUGCCUGCGCCGAGUCAACCCGAAGUUGUGUUAAGUGACGUGGAUGAUGCGAAUACAGAGUAUCUUAAUGAAAUGCGUUGCAAAACGAUUGAACAAUGGAGCGGUUAUAAAAGAGAUUGCGAACUAGGCAGCAAUUACAACAGCAUGAGCAGCGAUCGUAUACGAAUGUACUGUGGUCGACUGUUUUCUGAGUGUCGUUACGAUAAUCUUUAUGUGGAGAAUGUUAGAAGUUCGAAGAUUGCCGAACGAAAGAAACCGCUGCUGAUUACACUUCCAAAGGUGAUCACUGGCGAACGAAGUAUUCAAUCGCAAUCAAAUACGGUCGAAGAGGUCAUUUCGAAAUCGCGCUACGAGGCGAGACGGAAAUUUUUCCAGGAUCUCGAGCAAACUUCGGAAUCAGUCAUACCAUCGAAAGCAAAAGCAGCGAACAUAGAAAAUGGAGAGAAUGUAUCGCAACAAAAUUCUGCAGUUAUUCCUACAAAAAUGUGCCAUUCACAUUUGAUGAAGAAGGACAUGAAGGAGAAUCUAAAUGAUCAGGUGCACUCGAAUAUCGUGAUGCGUUCUGUGAAGCGGGAGAAUAUUAGACAACCAAGUUUUGUUACACUGAUUAAUCUGAGUAACACAAAACCGUGUUCCUGCAACGUCGCAUCUUUCAUUAAUGAAAAUAGUCAAGGUGAAAAGAGAAGUACACAUCGCGAAAUGGAUAAGCAUCGUGUAUCGACGAAUGGAAUAGUCGCUUCUACAAAGAAGAAACUUUUGACACUUCGAGGGAGGAAUAAGAAAUCCAAUGAUUGUGAAUCGCUGAUCGACAUCGACAAGGAACAGCAGCAACAUUUAUCAAAACAACCAACAAAGACGACGAAGACAGAAGCAAUGCUCGCGUGCAGGUGCGCGGAGAAACUUCAACGUGAUAAUAAGGAUAAUAGUGAAGAGAGUUCGCGAUCAUUAAGCAAUUCAUCUUCUAAUAACGAUAAACAUUCCGUCGAUUGCGAUAAAUGUGGCGAACAUCGCAGCAUGAUGGAAACUAACAUCAGUGAAAACGAGAACGUACUGCCGCAUAAAAUAAACGAUGAUGUCACAUGUACUGGCUUGAAAGAACAGAGUGUUCGAUUGUGGAUUGAAAAUUCUAUGUGCAAAAACAAUUGGACGAGUGGCAUAGAGGCCGAUAUGUACGAGUCAUACUGCAACGACAUUACAAAAAUCGUCGAGAGUAUUGAUUUAAACAUCAGCUCGUCAAGAACAGAGCUGGACGCGUUGCCCGACACGAAUACCUGCGUCAAGUAUAAUCUGGAUUCGACGAACAUGAGUCUCAUUUAUAGUUUAACUCCACCAGCCGUUAUCGACCAGGAGGAGAAUGACGAUACAUCAUGGGACUUGGCAGAACAUUCAUCUGAAUGGCAAUCUGAUUCACUGCAUAGCGAUAAUUGCGAAGAGUUAGCUGAUUACAUAUGGAUUGAACCGACGACUAAAAAUGAUAGCAUGAAGUCGCAAUGCCUACAAGAUCGUAGGAUGUCGAGCGAUAGUAGCUACGACUUGGAACAACUCGAUUCCGAGAGGCAGUCAGCGAAUGGUUCGGACAUACUUGAAUUACCAAGUCGUACAAUCCUAGAAUUGAAAGAUAUUGACGGUGAAGUCUUCCAGAACGGAAUCAACGAAUCCGCCAACGAGAUUAUCGCUGACCUUAAGGCUUCCGACGAAGCGUUAUCGUACGACGCGUUUCAAGUCGCGCAGAAUAUUAUUGCUGAAAUUAUCGAGUCCGUUUAUAUCUUGUCAUAUUUGGAUUCUUCCAUUUAUGAUCUUGGUGUCAUACAGAAAAUUGUGCGUCGCUUGAUUGACAGCUACCAUUAUGAGUAUUCGCUCGUAGAAGCUGACCGAGAAUGCGCGGCAGAUGUUCCUACAACUGAUAACAAUAUCGAUAAUAUUUGCCAAAUUAAAGACUUUCUUGGCAACUUGUCAUCGGAUUUCCGUUAUACUAAUCAAAUAGAGACACCAGAGAAUGAAGAUCAAGGAUAUUCCGCUGUAAUUGAAUUUUGUACCGUAGCGAAAAAGCUGCCAGUCGUUGCUGUUGACGAUAAAACUUUGGAAUUGAACUUUCGUAUCCUAAAAGUCUCAAGAAAUGAAUAUACUGAGAAAUUGCCAGAUACCCAUCAGAUAUUUUGCGACACGGAUAACUCAAUCGACAACGAUAAUAGUCAAAGUUUUAUCGAGACUGAUGAGAUACUUGAUAAACUCGAGGACAAUAAGGAUGCACCAAUGAUCAAAUCAGAUAUAGAAAUAUGGCUGGACAAUCGAUGCUGUUCUUGUCAAGAAGAAGAGGAACAUACGCAAAAGAAGUGUCCUUUGACACCUAUAAGCGAAGAACCUGUAACGGAAGACGAAACUCCAUGCGAAACUACCGAUUCUGUUAUAGAAAAUUUUAAUAACGAAUCUUCGCGUAACUUAGAAAUCAAUUCUAUUAAUGCUGAUGAAGAAAAUACAGAGAAUUUUAAGACGGCAUCUGUUUCUCUUGACGGUACUUACACGAUUUCUGAAGUUAGCGAUAACGACGAGACGAAUGAUUUCCAAGAGCCGUGUGAUGUUUGGGAUUUGUCCAUAGAUUGUAUGUCAUAUUCGUUUGAUACUAAAGAAUUUAUACGCUUGGAAAAAGCUCUCACAGAUAGCUCGUAAUUAAUUAAUCACGUAGUUAUUCGUUUAGAAUAUUAUAAUCUAUCUUAAUCUUCUCGAGUAAUUUGUCAAAAUGUUUUAUACAAGAAAAAAGCAAUUUAACAAUCAUAUUAGUGCAAGCAUAUUGCAACGAAUUUAGCUUUUAGUAUCGGUUACCUUAUAAGUUAGUAUCGGUUACCUUAUUUAAAGCGGUCGAUUCGAAACGAGGAAAUUUGUUCCUAGUGUUAAUAUUAGUGUUAAUAUCCAAGUCUGAAAAAGAUUUAUAAUAUUGCAGUUUAUAAAACCGUUUUAAGAUGCUGAAAAGCAAGUUAUCUUUUCACUAUAAGUUCACGAUAAGUUAGAAACAUUAAAUAUUAAGGAACUUGUAUUAUCUCAUUAUCUUUUGUCAUUCUACAAUAGAACGUUUUCUAUCUUUUUCUAACUACGUUUUUUUCUGCACGAUUAAAUCUGCACAUCGUUUUGCAUGUUUCAAUGGGGGAAUAAAACGAGGAUUUCUAUAUGCCAGGAUUGGAAUUUAGAAAAAUAUUAGUUUUUUAUUUAUGUAAAAUUUCCUGGUAUUUUCAAACUUUUUAUUCUUUUUUCUUUUCAAUUGUUAUUUGAAGAUAACAUGUUUUCACUACAAUUAGUACUUUCAAAACUCUAGUUUAUUAUCUUAAUAUUUCAUGGAGAAGUUUGUUUGUUAGUUAAAUUACGGAUGUUUAUAAUUAACACAUAAUGGAUAUUUUGAUACAUUUAUAUGUCGAUAAAAAAGUAUUUAACAAUUUAAAAGCUUUUAUAAUAUUUCUAUACCUAA